GUCGCCGCGGUCACGGGUUAUAAAGUCCACGCAGCCCGCGGAACUCAGACGCCCCAGAUCCGAGAUGGGGGCGAUGGCUCCGCGCACGCUGCUCCUGCUGCUGGCGGCCGCCCUGGCCCCGACCCGGACCCGCGCGGGCUCGCACUCCAUGCGGUAUUUCAAAACCAUCGUGUCCCGGCCCGGCCUCGGGGAGCCCCGGUACAUCUCUGUCGGCUACGUGGACGACACGCAGUUCGUGCGCUUCGACAGCGACGCGGAGACUCCGAGGAUGGAGCCGCGGGCGCCGUGGGUGGAGCAGGAGGGGCCGGAGUAUUGGGAGAGGGAGACGCGGAUCGCCAAGGGCCACGAGCAGACUUUCCGAGUGAGCCUGAUGAACCUGCUCGGCUACUACAACCAGAGCGAGGGCGGCUCUCACACCAUCCAGUGGAUGUCCGGCUGUGACGUGGGGUCGGACGGGCGCCUUCUCCGCGGGUACAGUCAGGUCGCCUACGAUGGCCGCGAUUACCUCGCCCUGAACGACGACCUGAGGACGUGGACGGCGGCGGACACGGCGGCGCAGAUCACCCGGCGCAAGUGGGAGCAGGCUGGUGAUGCAGAGAGACACAGGGCCUACCUGGAAGGCGAGUGCGUGGAGUGGCUGCGCAGACACCUGGAGAACGGGAAGGACACGCUGCAGCGCACAGAUCCCCCAAAGGCACAUGUGACCCAUCACCCCAUACUGAAAGGAGAAGGCACCCUGAGGUGCUGGGCCCUGGGCUUCUACCCUGCUGAGAUCUCCAUGACCUGGCAGAGGGAUGGGGAGGAUCUGAUUCAGGAUAUGGAGCUGGUGGAGACAAGGCCUUCUGGGGAUGGAACCUUCCAGACGUGGGCAGCUGUGGUUGUGUCUUCCGGGGAGGAGCAGAAUUACACAUGCCAUGUGCACCAUGAGGGUCUGCCUGAGCCCCUCACCCUGAGAUGGGAGCCUCCUCAGUCCACUGUCCCCAUCACGGCAAUCAUCAUUGCUGUUCUGCUUCUCCUUGGAGCUGUGGCCAUCAUUGGAGCUGUGGUGGCUGUGAGGAAGAGGAGGAGAAACACAGUUCUGGAACGUUCCUAGGGUCGGGGUCUUCCCUGGUCUCUCACAGCUUUUCUUCUCACAGGUGGAAAGAGAGGGAACUAUACUCCAGCUUCAGGCAGGGACAGUGCCCAGAGCUCUGAUGAGUCUCUCCCAGACUGUAAAGCGUGAAGACAGCUGCCUGUCCUGACAGAGUGACAGAUGAUGUGCUCAGGUCUCUCCUGUGACGUCCUGAGCCCCUCAGUUCACUCUCAGCAACAGUGUCUUAUGGUGAUAUUUUAUUUGUAUUAAAAUGUUAUUUGUAUGUUAAUAAAUAAAGUUGCCCGGGGGUCAGAGCUAUUAGCAAGCCAUAGGAAAGCAGGGCAGUGGUGGCGUAUACUUGUAAUCCCAGCACUUGGUAUGCAGAGCUGGGUAAGUCUCUGUGUGUUCAGGGAUACAGCCAUUAUUGGACACACAUGCCUUUAAUCUCAAUACCAAGCAAGGAAAACCUGGAGGCCUAUACAGACAGGCCGUGACGAGGCAGUCAUGUGGUUGGAUUUACAACCAAUGAGAAGGCAGAACAGGAACACUAUAUAAAGACAUUAACACAGGGGUAGUGAGUUCGGAGAGGUAGGACCACUGCAGGAGGAAGGGUAAGGUUUUAGCUCUUAGCUCUGACCUCUUGGCUUUCUUCUUUGCAUUGGUUCUGUGUUUCUUAUUUAAUAAGAAGGUUGGUUACAUCUACAGUGUCUGAUCUUCCCCGUCACCCUAUGGGCUCAAUGUGAAGAACUGGGGAGUCCAGCCCCCCCUGGACACCAGGACCCUGUCCCUGCUGCCCUGUUCCCUUCCACAGCCAACCUUCCUGGUCCAGCAGACAGGAGGGGACAUCUGCAUCCUGUCAUCUCCAUGCUGCCCGGAGCUGCAGCCCCUGACUCCCCACUGAAAAUAAGAAUCUGAAUAUAAAUUGAUUGCUCAUGUCCUUGAUCUGACAGGUUGAUUGGCGGGUAAAUUAAAUGAUUGAAAUACUUAGAGCUUGUGGAGGAAAUAAAUGGCAUC